UGUUGGUGUUUUUUUUUUGUGUUUUCAUGAUUUUUUCAUGUCUUUUUUGGUUUUUGGCCAAGUCCAAGUUUAACAGCGCUCGACGCGCCAGAAUCAAGUUCAGUUGCGCCGCAAACGCGUCGCGGAAAUGUUUCGCUGCUUCAGCUGCUGCUGCCACCGUCCGAAAGACAUCGAAGUCGAAGCCGAAAUUUAAUUUCAAUUUUAAUUUACAACUUAAAGCCAUAUUUAAGCAACGCGCCGCCGUCCUCUUUGAAUUCCGCAUCCUUGGCAACCGUUACCGCACCAGAACACAUAGCAAAACCCGAUACAACGAAACGGGAAUCCAACCCGUUUGAUAGUUUACUCCUUCCUUCCUAAAGUUCUCAGUUGGCGCCAUGAGGGAACCACUGCCCGUGGCGGUAGUGCUCCUGUUCCUGUGGCUCGGCUCGGCGAUGCCACCCACAUCUGGAUCGGCGGUGCUCAUCUCCGACAUGACCAUGAGCGUCAUGGUGGAGCUAUCCUCGCGACAUCCCUUCUGCAAGAUGCACACAGACCGUGGUGAUAUCCAGCGCAUGUUGCUGCAAUCGGAUCCGCGACGCAUACGCCAGGUGCCGCGGGAGUCGGUGAUGGAGCUGGAGGAGGUGUGCCGCCGGCAGGGAUCCUAUGGCCACGAGUUCCGCGGUGGACUGGGCUUCAUCUAUCCGGGCACGAAGUGGUGCGGCCCGGGCACAGCGGCCACCAGCUACGACGACCUGGGCGCGCACGCUCGCGAGGAUCGCUGCUGUCGCGAGCACGACAUGUGUCCCGAUGUGCUGAAUGUGGGCGAGUGCCGGCGGGGAUUGUGCAAUCGCGGCACAUUCACGAGAAGCCACUGCGACUGCGAUGCCCGGUUCAGGCGAUGCUUGCAGGCGGCGAACACGGAGACGGCCAAUACGCUGGGCGCCAUCUUCUACAAUGUGGUGCAGGUGACGUGCUUCCAGGAGCGGAGUCCCUGCUCGGCACACCAGAGGUUCGAGGACUUCUACUACCGCACCGAUCACUGUCCGGCGGAAUUCCGGCAGGCGGAUCUCUAUCUGCCGCCGCACGGUGACAAUCUGAUAGCCAAGAUCCUGGCCCAUCCGCAGGGCCGGGCCCUGGCCGCUCCGGCCUGGACGAUUCCCGCCAAGUCGACGGCGCGCCGUUGGGGCGUCAAAUUGGCCAGCGUUGGCUUGGCGGCGGUGAAUAUCCUGCGGGAGGUGGUGCAGCGACCCCGACUCCUGUGGGACAGCCUGCAGGCGCCGGUCUCCAGGGAGCUGCCACCGUCGCAAAGAUAUCACGAUCCGGGCUACCACUACGAGCGACCCGGACCCGGCUCGUCCUACGGAUAUGGCCAAUACAGUGGUCGCGGUUACGGGGGCUUCGACUCCCCUUGGAGUUAAUUGCGGUACCACGAAUGCCCCCGAAGACUGUUCUGAGCGAUUGGGUGGAGUCCACUGGUCACGCGAAAUAAGUUCCGGAUGGCGGGUGAUUCAAAAGGGAGUUGUAAAUGAUAUACAUACUAGACUAGAGCUAGGCAGGAUUAUAGAUGCAGUAUGGAUACAUUCCGUUCGCCAUCAACUUCAAUUGCCAAAGAAAAGAGCAGCAAGUACACUUUAAGAAUAUAUCGCCCCAAUCAAGUUAGUCGGCGCGAAUUCUUUGUUUCAUCCUGUUUUAUAUUCUGCUAAAGUUUUCAUUCUGACGGGCACUUAUUAUUCUGGAAAAGUUUCAUUGCCAUCGGCUUUGCCAUCUUGGCGUGGGAAGAGAAUGGGAAUUGAUACUUUAAAUGGGUUUUAUUGUGUAAGAUACCCUUUUGUGAGUCACUAAGUAAGGUAAGGUAAAGAGGUAGCUUUUAAGCAGACAAACUUGAGGCCCUUAAGCAGGCUUCACUGUACUCGUAGGCCUUGUAAAAUCGGAAUCGGAUUUUUUUUAUAGAAUUUGAAGAUUACGGAUACUCUGCCAACCGGGUAACUAUUUGCUAGACCACACAUUGAUGGACCCGCCCAACUGCUCCCGCUUAGUAUUAGUAGUCAUAAGUUGCAGUCCCGGCUCCGCUAGGGAGCCGCAAUCCUAGCCACUUAGCUGCAUGUGUGAUUGCCAUUAACGUUCUGCAUGUACCGUGUUCACUAGUUGACCCUUUUGACCAUAGUUGUUCAUUGACCAUAGACAGUUGUGCUGUAGAAAUAAACUCACUGAGAAUCGCA